AUGGAACCUGCAACUACAAGUAUCACUACUUCACAACGCCCAAUGACUACCAUCAUAGAACCUGCAACUACAAAGAAGAAAUGCUGGUGUCUUUCUCCGAAUUGUCAUCCGUAUAUGUAUUACUUCAACCACUGCUCUCCUCUACCAUGUGACUGUCCUACUGCUUCUACCCCUAAGUCCUUAACUACAACACCUGCCAUUCCUGCAACUACAAGCAUUACAACAACGCAACACCCAAUAACUACCAUGGAAGCAUCUACCACUACAGGAAAGAAACAGUGCUGGUGUCUUCAUGAAAACUGUAACCCCACUAUGUACUACUAUAACCGAUGCCCCCUUGUCCCAUGUGACUGUCCUUCUACCACUAAGCACCCAGUGAUCAUCCCAGUGACGGUAGAGCCCAGUUACAUUGAUAGAUGUCUAUGCAGCUGCUAUGGUCAUUCUAUGAAUUACUGUGUUCGGCCAUCCUACUGUUCUCCUUGUCCAGUUACAACUAUUAAACCCAAAACAACCUCCAUGACCACAAAGCCCACCCAACCUCUUCCAUGCCCAUGUACCUGCCUGGGUCACGCGAUGAGUUACUGUGUCCGGCCGUCAUACUGUUCUCCAUGUACAACCACAACUAUGAGACCGUCAACAACCCCUCCAACCACUGAGCUCAUCGCUCCGCCAUCCUGCCCAUGUACCUGCCUCGGUCACGCUGUGAAGAUUUGUGUCCGGCCGUCCUACUGUUCUCCAUGUACAGCCACAACUAUGAGACCAUCAACAACCCCUCCAACCACUGAGCUCAUCGCUCCGCCAUCCUGCCCAUGUACCUGCCUCGGUCACGCUGUGAAGAUUUGUGUCCGGCCGUCCUACUGUUCUCCAUGUACAGUUAUGACAACAACUCCUGUGACCACCACAACAUUGACCAACCCCAUUCCUUGUCCAUGUACCUGCUAUGGUCAAACUAUGAAUUAUUGUAUCCGCCCGUCUUACUGUUCUCCAUGUGGAGUGACCACUAUAAAGCCUGUGGUGACCUCCACAACCACAAAGCCCACAACGCCUACACCUUGUCCGUGUACCUGCUACGGUCAAUCCAUGAAGUAUUGUAUCCGCCCAUCUUUUUGUACGGCAUGUAGAGCUCCUACAAAGAGUCCUGUGACAACUUCUACAACCACAGACACCACCACACCUCCAUUUUGCCCAUGUACCUGCCUCGGUCACGCUGUGAAGAUUUGUGUCCGGCCGUCCUACUGUUCUCCAUGUACAGUUAUGACAACAACUCCUGUGACCACCACAACAUUGACCAACCCCAUUCCUUGUCCGUGUACCUGCUAUGGUCAAACUAUGAAAUACUGUGUACGACCGUCCUACUGUUCUCCAUGUGGAGUUAUGACAACAACUCCUGUGACCACCACAACAUUGACCAACCCCAUUCCUUGUCCGUGUACCUGCUAUGGUCAAACUAUGAAAUACUGUGUACGACCGUCCUACUGUUCUCCAUGUGGAGCUCCUACGGACAGCCCUGUGACAACUUCUACAACCACAGACACCACCACAACUCCAUUUUGCCCAUGUACCUGCCUCGGUCACGCUGUGAAGUUUUGUGUUCGGCCGUCCUACUGUUCUCCAUGUACAGUUAUGACAACAACUCCUGUGACCACCACAACAUUGACCAACCCCAUUCCUUGUCCAUGUACCUGCUAUGGUCAAACUAUGAAAUACUGUGUACGACCGUCCUACUGUUCUCCAUGUGGAGCUCCUACGGACAGCCCUGUGACAACUUCUACAACCACAGACACCACCACACCUCCAUUUUGCCCAUGUACCUGCCUCGGUCACGCUGUGAAGUUUUGUGUCCGUCCGUCCUACUGUUCUCCAUGUACAGUGACCACUAUAAAGCCUGUGGUGACCUCCACAACCACAAAGCCCACAACGCCUACACCUUGUCCGUGUACCUGCUAUGGUCAAACCAUGAAGUAUUGUUUCCGCCCAUCCUACUGUUCUCCAUGUAGAGCUUCUACAAAGAGUCCUGUGACAAAUUCUUCAACCACAGACACCACCACACCUCCAUUUUGUCCAUGUACCUGCCUCGGUCAAGCUGUGAAGUUUUGUGUCCGGCCGUCCUACUGUUCUUCAUGUUUAGUGACCACUAUAAAGCCUGUGGUGACCUCCACAACCACAAAGCCCACAACGCCUACACCUUGUCCGUGUACCUGCUAUGGUCAAACCAUGAAGUAUUGUAUCCGCCCAUCGUACUGUUCUCCAUGUAGAGCACCUCCGUCAUCAGGUUCACCAACAACAUUACUCACCCCAGUCAUGACGCCAAAGACCAAUCGGCUGACCACAAACUCUACCCUAUCAAUAACUGCCCCACUGUUAUCAAAUUCAUCCACAACUUUACCCACCUCAUUCAUGACGCCAAGAACCAAUGUGCUGACCACAACCUCUACUCCAUCAAGAACUGUCAUGACACCAAGGACCAAUGGGCUGACCAUGAAUUCUACCACAUUAACAACUGAUGAUUACAUAAAACUUCCCAGCACCAGUCCAGAAUACACUACCUCACAGACAGUUCCGGCCACUACAGAAACCUUUACAGAACCGACAAUGGAAUCUUCAACAGCUGGAACCAAGGAAGGAACCAUGAAGUCCAGCACUGAAAUGACCACUGGGAUGAAUACAAAUACUAACACAACACAGUCUAAUGUUGCCUCUACUACACUAACCUCAAAUGAAUCUGUAUCUAAGGAAUUUGUAUCUAAAUCCAGUGCAGGCACCACUACAACAACAGUCACAACAGAAACUAGUAUUACAGAUAUUACCAUAGGAUCUACCAGCUCAACGAGUAUUGGAAGGACUACAACUAAUGAUAUUAAGAACACAAUAAAUCUUAUACCUACAGGGGCAAGUCCAACAUUUGACAGCAUCCGAACUUCCAACACAAGGUCCAUGAAAAGCACCACAAAGUCUAAUACUGAAUCCACCGCAACAAGGAUGAGCCCAGAAUUCACCAAUAGAAAAUCUACCUCAAAAUCAUCUACCACAGAAAGCAAAAUUACAGAAACUACUGGCCAAAACUCUGGAAAAACUAUGGCUUCAACAAGUACUGUAUAUUCCAUUUCCAAAACUAAGAUAGUCUCUGCCAUUAGUGGAUCCAGUACAGAGGUCACACCUACAAUGCAAGAUACAAGAAAUACCUUAAUAAAACUCACAAUCACAAUGCCACAGUCCAGUAGCAGUAAUAUAAAAUCUACAGAAGAGAUAAAGACAGGAACCAGUACAACAUCCACUCUCUCGCAGACUAGUAAAAACCUAACUCCUGUAACAGAUGUUACUGGGCAGACAUCUCUUACCAGAACACCCAACCCUAGGAUUAGUUUAGCUUCUUUAACAACAAAAAUCCCAACUAUAUCUGAAACCACAGAAGCCCAAACAACCAGUACUCCCAACAGUAGUAUAAUGGUGGCCUAUACACAACACAGUUCCCCAAGGUUAUCUACAACCUCAGCCUUUGCCAAAAGCAGUUUGGGAAGUACCGUUGUAAAAACCUUCACUUCACCUACAAGGAAUACCAUGAUAACACAAAUACAAUCUACUACAAAUAGCACAAAUAAUAUAAACUCAUCAAGUAAAUCUGUCUUCACAACUGGUGUAGAAGAAACAAAACCAGCAAAUACAACAACUAUCCCAACUAUCACACAAAGUAGAAGAAUGUCCUCUUCCACUCAGAGUAAUGGAGGAUCUAAAACAACAUUGAACCCAAAUGACUUUAGGAAUACAUUAUACAUGAUCACAUCAAUGGUUUCUAAUUCCUCAAAAACUAUAAAUGCAUCAUCUGCUUCAGUCUUCACAUCUACAAUAGACAAAACAAGUUUAUCUGAUACGACAACUAUCCCAACUACCACACAAAUGUCCUUUCCCACCCAGAGUAAUGGAGGAUCUAAAACAACAUUAAAACCAAAUGACUAUAGCAAUACAUCAUACAUUAUCACAUCAAUUGUUCCUAAUACCUCAACGACCAUUAAUCCAUCAACUACUUCAAACUCAACAAGAAGAAUAGCCAAAACAAGUCCAUCUGAUACAAAAACUAUCUCUACUACCACACAAAGUACAAGAAUGUUUUCUUCCACCCAGAGUAAUGGAGUAUCUAAAACAACAUUAAGCCCAAAUGACUUCAAGAAUACAUCAUACAUUGUCACAUCAAUUGUUCCCAAUACCUCAAAGACCACAAAUUCAUCAACCACUUUGGUCUUCACAUCUAGAAUAGACAAAACAAGGUCAUCUGAUAUAACAACUAUCCCAACUACCACACAAAGUACAAGAAUAUCCUCUUCUACCCAGAAUAAUGGAGGAUCUAAAACAACAUUAAACCCAAAUGACUUUAGGAAUACAUCUUACAUAAUCACAUCAAUUGUUCCCAAUACGUCAAAGAACAUGAAUUCAUCAACCACUUCAGUCUUCACAUCUAGAAUAGACAAAACAAGGUCAUCUGAUACAACACCUAUCCCAACUACCACACAAAGUAGAAGAAUGUUCUCUUCCACCCAAAGUAAUGGUGGAUCUAAAACAACUUUGAGCUCGAAUGACUUCAAGAACACAUCAUACAGUAUCACAUCAAUUGUUCUUAAUACCUCAGAGACCAGGAAUUUAUCAACUACUUCAGUCUUCAUAACCAGAAUAGACAAAACAAGAUCAUCCAAUACAACAACUAUCCCAACUACCACACAAAGUAGAAGAAUGCCCUAUACCACACAGAGUAAUGGAGGAUAUAAAACAACAUUGAGCUCGAAUGACUUCAAGAAUACAUCAUAUAUUAUCACAUCAAUUGUUUCUAAUAUCUCAAAGAACAUGAAUUCAUCACCUACUUUAGUAUUCACAUCUGGAAUAGACAAAACAAGAUCAUCUGAUACAACAACUAUCCCAUCCACCACAUACAGUAGAAGAAUAUCCUUUUCUACCCAGAACAAUGGAGGAUCUAAAACAACAUUAAACCCAAAUGACUUUAGGAAUACAUCAUACGUUACCACAUCAAUUGUUCCCAAUACAUCCAAGACCACCGAUACAUCAACUAUUUCAGUCUUCACAUCUAGAAUAGAAAAAACAAGGUCAUCUGAUACAACUAUCCCAACUACCACACAAAGUAGAAGAAUGCCCUAUACCACCCAGAAUAAUGGAGGCUCUAAAACAACAUUAAGCCCAAAUGACUUUAGGAAUACAUCUUACGUUAUCACAUCAAUUGUUCCCAAUACGUCAAAGACCAUGAAUUCAUCAACCACUUCAGUCUUCACAUCUAGAAUAGACAAAACAAGGUCAUCCAAUACAACAACUAUCCCACCCACCUCACAAAGUAGAAGAAUUUCCUAUUCAACCCAGAAUAAUGGAGGAUCUAAAACAACAUUGAGCCCAAAUGACUUCAAGAAUACAUCAUACAUUAUGACAUCAAUUGUUUCUAAUAUCUCAAAGAACAUGAAUUCAUCACCUACUUCAGUCUUCACAUCUAGCAUGGACAAAACAAGGUCAUUUCAUACAACAAUUAACACACCUAUCACGCAAAGUAGAAGAAUGUCCUCUUCCACGCAGAGUAAUGGGGGAUCUAAAACAACAUUGAGCCCCAAUUACUUCCAGAAUACAUCAUACAUUAUCACAACAAUUGUUUCUAACACCUUGAAGUACACAAAUGUAUCAACUGCUUCAGUCUUCACAUCCGGAAUAGACAAAACAAGGCUAUCUGAUACAACAACUAUCCCAACUACCACACAAAGACGAAGAAUAUCCUCUUCCACACAGAGUAAUGGUGGAUCUAAAACAACAUUAAACCCAAAUGACUUGAGGAAUACAUCAUACAUUAUCACAUCAAUUGUUCCUAAUACCUCAAAGAACAUUAAUUCAUCAACUACUUCAAUCUUCACAUCUAGAACAGAUAAAACAAAAUCAUCUGAUACAACAUCUAUCCCAACCCCCACAUACAGUAGAAAAACAUCCUCUUCUACCCAGAAUAAUAGAGGAUCUAAAACAACCUUGAGCCCAAAUGACUUUAGGAAUACAUCAUACAUUAUCACAUCAAUUGUUCCCAAUACCUCCAAUACCACGGAUUCAUCAACUACUUCAGUCCUCACAUCUAGAAUAGACAAAACAAGGCCAACUAAUACAACAACUAUCCUAACUACCACACAAAGUAGAAGAAUGUCCUCUCCCAAACAGAGUAAUGGCGGAUCUAAAACAACAUUGAGCUCAAAUGACUUUAAGAAUACAUCAUAUAUUAUUACAUCAAUUGAUCCUAAUACUUUGAAAAACUUGAAUUCAUCAACUACUUCAGUCUUCACAUCUAAAAUAGACAAAACAUCUGAUACCACAAUUUUUCCAACUACCACACGUAGAACAAUGAGCUAUGGAGGUUCUAAAACAACAUUGAGCCCAAACGACUUUACGAAUGCAUCCUACAUUAUUACACCAAUUGUUCCUAAUACCUCAAAAUACACAAAUUCAUCAACUGCUUCAGUCUUUACAUCUAGAAUAGACAACACAAGGUCAACUGAUAGAACAACUAUCCCAACUACCACACAAAGUAGUAAAAUGUCCUCAUCCAUCCAAACUGAUGGUGAAUCGAUGACAACGUUAAACAACCUAAAAAAUUAUUCCUACAUUAUGACGUCUAUUAUAUAUAGCACCACAACAAAUUCAUCGACACAACAGACCAACACUACAGCGAACAACAACAUGCCUAAAAGACCCUACUUGCCAUGGUAUGGAAGACUUCUCAUUGCAUUGGGGGUUUCAAUCAUUACACCCAUCCUGAUGUUUAUAUUAUUCUCGACUCCUUUCCUCCACCCUGUUCUUCCUGCACUGAUCACUCAAUCAUCUUCAGAAAGGGAAAGUAUCACUAAAAGGGAUCAGGUUACAACUGCUGCCCAUAAAAGUCAAUGAAGAGAAGAGGGGGAGGAGAAGGACCUCUUUUGUACUAUGUAAAAAUGUAGUAAAAUAAAAUAGGAAGAGACACUGCUUAGUACUGCUGUGUAAUGUCUUCCAUGCUGUUGAUUUUUGGUGUGUGACUGACAGAAGUUGCA